AUCCGCGGCGAUACCUAAAGCCUACCGGCAUAUUUAUCCGAUCUCGACAACUGAUCGCAUGCGCGAAAAGCCUUGCGGAUGUCAUUCGCGCCCGCAAUCGACGCAACGGUACAAUGAUCCUGAAUGUAACAGAUCGGGUGUGACCUCCUUUGGGGUCUUACCCCGUCAUCGUUUCCUCAGGACCAGUGUUGGCUCUCGCACGCUCGUGAUAGUUCCCGGUGGUCCGCGCGAAAGCAUUGUGUGUCGCGAUGCGCUAUCAAACGAUUUGCACGUGCUUCGAUAAUCAUUCGCGAAGAGAAGUGUUGGUUUACAGAGUUUAAUUCUGGAAAACGUGAAUAAAAGGAAGUAAAAUAGAAGAUAAGAACAGAGGAUUUUCUAUAAUCAUUCUUACGUGGAAAAAAUUGACAUCGUUAAUAUCUGAAUAAAUCAAGAUGAUUCACGCUAUGGAAAGAUGUAACACAGUCGUGAAAGCUGCGGGAUGAAGAUUCGCAAAAUCUAUCCCGAUAUCCGUCGCGUUACGGAAGGAGACACCUCACAAAAUCUUGAAGUUCCGGUGCCUUUGAAACUCAAAAAAUGUCUUUAGGACAUCGUAUUUCUGGCGCUGUUGCGGUUCUUCGCGGAACCUCGGAGGUCAAGGAGGGUGGCCACAUGUCGUGCACAGAAGAAGAUAUCGAAAAGAUGACAUCGGAAGAAGAAGUCGAGGCGAAAGCACAGCGUAAAGUAACGGCACUUGAUAGAUUACGGGUGGUGAUAAAAUGGAUGAAAAGUAACUUGCUUUUGGCAUUGACCAUCGCUGGAGUUUUGGUGGGUCUAGGUAUUGGGUUUCUAGGGCGAUUAGCCGAUUUCGCACCACAAUCUAUAACUCUCAUCAGUUUUCCAGGAGAGAUCCUUAUGCGGAUGCUCAAGAUGUUUAUCUUGCCACUCAUCAUUUCGUCGCUAAUCUCGGGAAUGGCACAAUUAGACGUUCAAAGAUCAGGAAAGAUAGGGGUCAGAGCGUUAACAUACUAUUCAAUAACAACUAUUCUCGCCGCCAUAGUGGGCAUCGCAAUGGUGCUGAUGAUCCAUCCGGGUGAUCCGCAGAUCAAAACUGCGGUCGCUGCAGUGGUGAAAGCCGAGGAGACGAAAGUCUCUACUAUAGACGCGAUUCUCGAUAUAAUUCGAAACAUGGUGCCGGAGAACCUAGUACAAGCAUGCUUUCAGCAGGUUCAGACUUCCUAUGUGAAAAAAAAGGUGGUCGUAAUCGGCAAUUUGAAUCAGAGUGAGUACAUAGUAGAACCGACCUUGAUUUAUAAGGACGGCACGAACGUGAUGGGCAUGAUUGUGUUCUGCAUUAUCUUUGGCGUGCUCGCGGGUCAGAUAGGACCUCACGGCAAGUUAAUGGUGGACUUCUUCGUGGUUCUAAACGAGAUUAUCAUGAAACUCGUCACGAUCAUCGUGGUCUGGUAUUCUCCGUUCGGAAUUAUGUGUUUGAUAGCUGGAAAAAUUAUGUCUAUUACAAAUCUGGCGGCAACUGCUCAAAUGUUAGGUCUAUACAUGAUAACAGUAAUAUUGGGUUUAAUGAUUCAUGCAAUCAUCACAAUACCGACGAUCUAUUGGUUUAUAACUCGAAAGAAUCCAGCAGUGUUCUUUAGAGGCAUGAUGCAAGCCUGGGUGACUGCGUUGGGUACAGCUUCAAGUGCAGCAACUUUGCCUAUAACUUUUCGUUGUCUCGAAGAAAAUAACAAGAUCGAUCCACGAGUGACGCGUUUCGUCGUGGCAGUUGGUGCUACCGUGAAUAUGGAUGGCACGGCUCUCUAUGAAGCCGUGGCUGCAAUCUUCAUCGCACAAUUGAAUGGAAUCUCAUUAGGAUUCAUGGAAGUCAUUACAGUCAGCCUUACAGCUACCUUGGCAAGUAUCGGAGCUGCAAGCAUUCCCAGUGCUGCAUUGGUCACCAUGCUAUUGGUGCUAACCACCUUGGGUCUCCCUACGAAUGAUGUUUCUCUAUUGUUCGCAAUCGACUGGAUGCUUGAUCGGAUCAGAACUUCAAUCAACGUUCUGGGCGACGGUUAUGGAGCCGGAAUAGUUUAUCAUUUAAGCAAAGCAGAAUUAGAUAAGAUGGACGAGGAACGAAGAUUAGAAGGCUUGGAAAUCGGAAAACCUCUUGAAAUUGCUACUGAAGGCUGCCAACGAGAAGAGACAAUAACACAUGAACAAACAUCCGAGACAAAAAUUUGAAUCUUUGGAUUUUCUCAGCGAAUUCAUGAUGCUAUUUUGUCGUAUGUAAUACGAUUGAUUUUCACUGCCGAAAUCAAGUUUUUCUCGUAAAUUAAAUGUUAAAUUUAACAUAUUUCAGAAUAUAAUUGUAUUAUUUAAAAUAUGUAUAAUUAUUAAGAAUAUUAUAGGUAUGAAUCUCUUAUCUGAUGAUUUAUAUUAAUAUAUGACUUUGUUUUUAUAGUGAACGCUAACAAUUAACAGUAGAGAGCGAAUGAAUUAAAAGUGCUAAACGUUGAAAUAGAAAAUGUGAGCAUGAUAAGUACAAAACUAAGAAAAAAUGUAUCUUAUUUUUUUUCUAGUGUGUGAGAA